AUGGUUUGUCCUUUCAGAUGCCACAACUGUAUAUUCUUUGGUCGGCAUUCUUUAUCUAAAGUGCGAAAAUUACAUCCGUUGAAACACACCGUCAAACCGAUAACGUUGGACGCAGUGCUGUACGUCGUUUACUCCGGAGCCCAGUGGAUAUUCUGGAGUAAUGGAGCCAGCGGAUUGAAAGAGGAAGUCGACAAGUUCAAAAUGGCGGCCAGAGCAAAAGGACUCAUCUAUACAACUGGAAACAUCAUGCAAGCGUCACGUCAUUUCACGUAUAACGGAGAAGCGAGUACUAACCAAUCAGGUCUUUAUCGACGCUGGAACUGGAGUGUUCCAUCCAUCCAAAAGGUAUGGCGGCCAGUGAAACAUUCACAUGAAAUGAUUGAUUAUCGCGCUCCUCCUGUUCUCGUUCCGGCUGACACUUACGUCACGGAGACCCUCACCGAUUGUUUGUUCAACCGGAAUACAUUCUGGUCUUUGGGACCGUUGUUUACGACAUCACGUGACCCUGGCUAUAUUUGGUCCUUUUGGAUACAGCGCCUCUUGUGGGAAUACGGCGGGAACAUUGAGUUGUUUUCUCCUUUGAGAAACGGUCACUUCACAUACAACAACGAACACGUGGAAAAUGCUGAUGGUCAUAUAUCUGCGCUAACACUUCUUGGGAAAAAGCUGUCGAACUGGCGCUGUGACGUAAACAAGACGUUUGAUGCGUGUGUUAAAGAUUUGGCUCAGAGGAUGGUGGGAUGGAAAUAUUUCACGCAGAAGGAAAUAUCGGUAAUAAAUGUUUGGUUUUCUCUUCUGGGAACCAUCCAACCAAUCAGAAUCAAGGACUGGCGCAAAGGAAGCAGCGUCAAGCCCACGAACGGUUACCGAGUGAUGUUCAAUCCAGGAAGACCAGUUUUAUCGCACACGAACCAAAGCCAGGAAGACAAAGGACGAUUUAUUAUGGAAAAUCCUUUUAACCCGAUCUGCAAGAACUAUCGGCAGAAGUCAGCAGGCAAACCCGUGAUACCAUCGGCGAUUCAGCUGAUUGAUGAUAUCUUGUUGAUUAUCAUAUUUAACCGACCUGGCUUCCUCGAUAACAUCGCAUAUCUAAACUACGUGCACGGCAGAUAUUUCUCUCACAUUCUCAUGUGCGCUCACUCUUUGGAUGAAUUUAAGAAAUAUGCUCCUACUAAGAACAAAGUCUCGUUCAUCGAGAUCAACCUUGGAGUCGGCGUCCUCGGUUACCAAUGCAUGAUGGAAGCGAUGCAGAUGGGAUACGACGUGAAAGGCUACCUCCAGAUCAGCGAUGACGUGAUACUAAAUACUUGGAACAUUGCCAAACUGCCACGCAACCGGAUCUGGUUUCAGAGUCGCAUGCGCGUUGGGAGGCUAGCCUCGAAGAGGGUGCCCAAUAUCCACGUGGGUAAACACGUGGUUAAACACUGGUGGCCAUGGUCGUCACAGUGGGGAGUGGGUCAGGUCUACAAAGUCUGGCAGGAUUAUUCAGCCAUUUUGAAAGAUCCUAAAGUGGCCCCAAUAAUACAGAAAUUCCUCAAAACUUUGACGGAAAACUCCCGAAAGCCAGACGGCGUUUAUUACGAAGCUUCGGACAUCUACUACAUCCCUUCGAGUCUGAAAGAAGACUACGUGUUUCUGUCGUCCUGGUUCCUCAAGGAAAGGGUGUAUCUGGAGAUAGCCAUACCCACGGUCAUUAACGGACUGGCACGAAGCUCGGAGAUUGUCCGAAUGCCAGGGACGUAUCUCUGGUACAGCGAUAGGGUAAAGUUCAGGAAAACCUUUAACCCGAGUCACUGCUUUCUCCACCCGUUCAAGCUGAAGCAUCAGCUAAAAGAAGAAUCAGGAGCCAAGUUUUACUGCGAAGAGUAUUUACCUCUAAUCGAAAGAAGCUUACCCUGA